AUGAGUGAAGCCGGUGUCGACGGGCUUCUAGCAAUUCUUGGGGACUCAGGCUUGACCAGGGGAGCAGCUGAAAGGCUUUUGCAGCAAGCUGAAGGUUCUGUGGAGACGGCUGUUGCUCUUUACUUUAGCUCUGAUCACGCUGCGAUCGUGCAAGAGGAGUCUGAAUCUCCUCUGAACACUUUACGAGGAAUCCUCGGGCCUGCGGUCACUAGUCAUCAGGCUGAGCAGCUGCUAGCAAGAGCUCACAAUUCCGUGCAUCAGGCUGUCGAGCUCUACUACAACACAGCAGGUGGUGCUGCUCCGGGGUCUGGGGCAUCCAGUGAGGCAGAGGAUGCAGGGGUAGGGCCUUCAUCUGGCGCGGAGUCUCUGGUGUCAAGCAGGGAGGGGUCACCAGCAGAACCAGAGAUGGCAGAGGGCGCUGGCCAGGCAGGGCCGAGCAGUGACCCCAGUCCAGGCUCUGCAGGGCCCAGCGGCGCAGAGCCUGUGCGCAGACCGCGCACUGCCACGCGGAGACAACCCAGGAGCGGCGCUCCUCGUGGCUUGGAUGCCAUAACUGGAGUGCCGGGCCCGAGCAACCCAAGAAGAGACAGGGCCUGGGAGCCCCCUCGCGCGCGCGACCUCACAUUCCUUGCCGCUGCUGCUGGUGCCGACCCUGCUCCUGCAAAUGGCUCAGGCAGGAGGAGGAGGCCUUCUCGCAGGAGUGCUGGCAGGCUACCACCAAGGUUUGCAGAUGCGGCCAAUGGCGGGGAGCCAGGAGACGACGAUGAUGACAGCGAUGAGGAUGAGGAUGACGACGAUGAUGUCAUGGUCCUCGACGAGAGCGAAGGCAUGCCCUCGUUGGACUCACAGCUUGCACUCAAAUGCCAUGAUCCGUCCGUGCUAGCAGUGACAGAGGACGAGCCAGAGGCUGAGGCUGGCGCUGAGGCUCACGAAGACGAUGAUGAAGAGUCAGUGCCAUUCCACAUAGCCCGGCGUCAGAGGCGUGAGAUGCGUGAACUGGGCACCCGACCCCAGAUCGGUGUCCUCUUGCGGCUGAAGGAGCAGGCUCUGCAGGAGGGCAGACAAGGGCAGUCAAGACGGGGCCUGCCCUUUGCAAAGCACAGGGACGCCAGCGGCCGCAUUUUUGCAGCAGAGGCUGAGAAAGUCCCGCCUAUGAUGCCCCCCAGCAAGGCGCUGGGGUUCCCCUUGCAUCUGGGCGGCCUGGAUGUGGACCUGCAGCUGCAAAAUGCUGAGACAGACGGACAGAUCGCUGUGGAUGUUCUGGAAGGGAGGCGGAAGCUUCUGGAUGACAAAUUUACAUUCGAAAAGCAUGGGCAGAAUGGGUGGCUGCUACAGCAAGCAGUCACUGACGAAGCUGAGGAGGAGCAGCUCAGCUGCGUCACAGAUAGCCAGGAUUAUCGCCUGUUCUCUGUAUUGGACAACCUGGAAAGUGCAGAUGACAUUGAGGUCCAGUAUGAACUGAGGGUGGAGUCAAAGUCAGGUGAAAUCAAGAAAGCAAAGAAGAAGAAGAGCAAGGCGAAAGAUGCGCAGGUCAAGCUGAGAGCCCAAGUCUACCUGAAAGAGAAAGCCAUCUCCAAAGAUGUGCUGCAAGCCACAGAGCAGAAGAACAAAAACAACAAAAACAAGCACAUGCGCUUGUAUGCGCUCAUUCUGCAGCUGCUGGAGCGAGGAAGCGGCUUGUCACUGGGGCCAGAUUCUGACGGGCUGCUCAACUUUUGUGAUCCUGUGGAGUCCCAGACGCCCGAGCAGAGGCUGCUGGAGGCUGGCGAACAGAAGGCCGAGGACAAAGGCAAACAGAGGGCCGAAGAGCCCCUCGACGAGCAGUCCUCAGAGGUGGAGGAGGUUCCGAAGCCAAAGUGGCAGACAGACAUCGAGAAGCUGCUAACCUCUGGGAGACUCCCCAAGGAUGCCCCUCUGGAGUCGGUGCCUGCGCAGCUCCAGUCCCACCCCAAGCGCUUCCAGCUGCAGGGGUUGCGGUGGAUGGUGGCGCGGGAGAGGAAUGGCGAUGCGGUGGGGCGGGGUCACCUGCACCUGCACCCAGCAUGGCUGCAGCUGCUGACAGCAGACGGGCAGCUCAUCUACGUCCACCUCAUGCCGCCCCACCAGGUCACUGCCGACUUCAUCACCUCUCCCACAGGUGGCACCUGCGGAGGCUUCCUGUGCGACAUGAUGGGGUUGGGCAAGACGCUGGAGACGCUGAUGCUGGUGCUGGCGCACCCGGCGCCGAGCGACUGGGCUGUGGCAGAGUUGGACGGCCGCAGCCGCGCCAGCGACGCCGACCCGGUGCCCAUCAAGACCACGCUGAUCGUCAUGCCUGCCAACCUGCUGACCCAGUGGCAGGAGGAGCUCCAGCUGCACGUCAACCCCGGCGCCCUCACCUGGGGCGUGUACCAGGGGCAGGAGGCGUCAUUGAGCAUGCACAUGCGGCGACAGGAAUCUCAUAAUUCCAUCGCAGACACGCGCAUCUCGGGGCGACCGCGCACAAAGAUGAACCCGGCCAGCAACACCUGGACGCUCAUGGUCACCGAGCUGUUCUGCGCCGGCCCCGAAGGCCAGCCGCUGCCGCUGCACCAGUGCGACGUCGCCUUCAUGAGCUACGAGAAUCUGCGCAAGGAGCUCGGCUAUGCCGACAAGUCGCUGCUGCUGCAGUACGGCUUCUGGCGGCUGGUGCUGGACGAGGCACAGCUUGUGGCGUCCUCCUCCAGCGUGGCUGCGCUCAUGACCUCUGCGCUCUGGCGCAGGCACGCCUGGGUUGUCACCGGCACGCCCAUCACCAGCCGCGUCGAGGAAAUCCAGGGGCUGCUGGAGUUUUUGGCAUACGAGCCCUUCUACGACAACAAGUCGUGGAGCUCGCUGGUGCUGCGCAGGUACGAGACCGGCUCUGAGCGCCUGCUGCCCCUCUGCAGCCUGCUCAAGGGCGUCAUGCUGCGCCGCACCAAGGAGGACGUCGAGGGUGAGCUGGAGCUGCUGCCGUGCACGCACGAGGACGUUUGGGUGGCGCUGUCGUCGGUGGAACGCGCGAUGUACGAGCGCACGCGACAGGCCGUCGACCAGGGCCUCCGCCAUUCCGCCGCCCGCCGACGCGCCAGAGCCUUCAGCUCCGCUUACAAGAAGGUGACGGCGAAGGUGGUGGGGCAGUUCACGCAGCUCCGGCAGCAGUGCUGCCACCCGCAGAUCGUGCGACGCGACGUGUGGCUGGGCAAGACGCGCCUGAGCAUGCGCCAGAUCCUCACCCGCCUCGUCACCCGCGCAUUCGGCGAGUACGACGCCGCCCUGCGCGCAGAGUACAACGCGCGCCUCCUGCUGGCCGCCGUGCAGCUCGAUGACGAGCUGUGCAGGCCAGACUCCAAUGGGGACGCGUUUGAGCUGGUGCUGCGCCAGAUUGAGCUCGGCAUGGAUCUGAGCGCGACGACAGACCUGCAGCAGCUGCUUGGCAGCCGUGACCAGGAGGGAGGCCUGCCGGCCCCCGACCUCUCCGCGCCCCACCCCUUCCGCGGCUCUGGCCCAGGGACUGGGCCAGGAGAAGAUCAAGGUGACAGAGGACUGAAGCGCAAGGCUGACGAGGCUGUGGGACCCAGCGAGGGCCGUGCUGAGGCUGCCAACAAGCGCAGCGGCACGCUUGCAGCGGUCACUGCAUGCGCAGCAGGCAGGAUAGAAGCCCAGCGACAGGGUGCUUCUGCGGUUGGCGGUGCAGGUGCCGCCACUGCCUCGGCGAGCGGCAGCCCUACAGCUGUGCAGCCAGGCUCGGACCAUGGGGCGCCUGUAGAGGAGGCUGCACCCAGCUCCCUCCGAAAUGGCAGCUCGAAUGCCCAGGCGGCCGCAACUGCUCCAGGGCCGGAGGACAAGGGCAAAGGCAAGGCUGUUGAGGAGCUGGAGGCAGCAGCGGAGGGUGCAGAGGCGCAGCAGCCGGCGCUGGACAGCGAGGCUGCGCAGGCGGCCAAGGCGGCGCGGGACCGAGUGCGCGCGUGGCAGCGGCUGCGGCUGGAGGGGCUCGCGCUGCUGGCGGACGUGCUGGAGACGUCCGAGGAGGCGCUCGGCCGCAAGCGCAGCAAAAAGCCGGAAGAUGCUGCCGACGCCGACGCCCGGCUGGUCGCCAUCCGCGAUGACCUGCAGCAGGUGCGGCUCGCGGCCGAGAGCCUGAGGCUGGUGCUGGGAGACGAGGAGGUUGAGGCGACGGCGCUGGCUGCGGUGAUGCGGUUCAGCCGGCGGCAGCGCAAGAUGGAGGUGGACGAGGACCUGGAAGCCGGCCGCGAACUCGAGAUGCAGGAGGAGCGCGCCGCUCAGCAGAGGUCGACACAGCAGAUGCUGCGGACGUACAGCCACCUGCGGGCGCGCGCGCACCCCAUCAAGGCCGCCGAGAAGGGCGUCGCGUCUGCGGCCGACGCCACCACCGAGCGCUGGCACGCCCUGCAGCAUCUCGCCCACAAGCUGGCCAGCCUGGACGCCUCCAAAGAGCACCCCGCCAUCCUCGACGCCGACGCGGCCGGCCCCAGCAGCGGCGCUGGGCCCAGCACCGGGCCAGCGGAGGCUGAGGCGGAUGAGAUUGGCAGCUGCCCGAUCUGCCUAGAUGUGUGCGAGCGCCGCACUGUGACCUCCUGCGGCCACCACUUCUGCUCCGACUGCAUCCACGAGUCGGUGCACAAUCGGGCGGAGUGCCCGAUCUGUCGCGCGCCGCUGCGGCCAGAGGAUCUCUACGACGCGGCCACGGAGGAGGAGGAGGAGACUGCGCGCCUGCACCACGAGCACGUCGGCCAAUACGGCGCCAAGGUGACGGCGCUGCUGACUCAGCUGGCGGAGAUGCGGAGCGCGGACCCCACGGCCAAGGCGGUGGUGUUCAGCGCAUGGGGGCGCCUGCUUAAGCUGGUGGGCGACGCGCUGGCUUCGAACGGGCUGCAGUACGUGAGCCUGGCGGGUGCACAGCCGCCUGCGCGCGCAGAGGCGCUGCGCCGGUUCAUCCACGACCCGGACUGCGCCGUCAUCCUCAUCGUGCUCUCCACAGGCGGCGGUGCUGCGGGGCUGACGCUGACGGUGGCCAACACGGUGUUCCUGAUGGAGCCCGCGCUCAACCCGGGGCUGGAAGCCCAGGCAGCCGCGCGCAUCUACCGCCUCGGCCAGACAAAGGCGACGCGCGUGGUGAGGCUGCUGGCGGAGGACACCAUUGAGUCAUCCAUUCUCAAAUACCAGCAGCGCAAGCUCAACGCCGGCGGCGGCGUCAGCGAGGAGGAAUCCCUGCUGCCGGCGCAUGACGUGGACGCCAGCACGCUAGCCACGCUCAUGCGAGAGCACCCGCCGCCGCCCGCGCCCGUCAAAUAG